UAUAUCGUCAGUUCCUCUCUUUGCCCAAGCCAAAAUUUCCUUCUUCGACAACAAUAUUCAUAUUCUUCCUAACUUCUUUAAUGGAGUCCAAUGGCGUAGAAGCAACUCGUAUUCGCCAGGAAAUCGAUUCCUUAAAGUCUAGCAGGAGAAACAUAGAGCAACAAAUUUCAGCUCUCGAAGCUCAGCUUCAUCAACUUGAAAUCAAUUCAAAUAUUGUAUGUACUUCGUCGCUUUCCAAUGGAGAUUUGGGGAGUUCAAAUGGUUUAUCUCCCGAUAUGAUAUACAGAUACAGUCGUCACCUAUUGCUUCCUUCAUUUGGCGUUCAAGGUCAGGCGAAUUUGUUGAAAUCUUCAGUUUUGGUUAUUGGAGCUGGAGGUUUAGGAUCACCUGCUCUAUUAUAUCUUGCUGCCUGUGGAGUUGGUCGAAUAGGUAUCGUUGAUCAUGAUGUAGUGGAACUUAACAAUCUGCAGAGGCAGAUAAUACAUACGGAAGCAUAUAUUGGAAAGUCUAAAGUAGAGUCAGCUGCUGCUACUUGUCGCUUGAUCAACUCUUCCACUCAGAUUGUUGAGCACAAAGAAGCAUUCCGCACGUCCAAUGCUUUGGAAAUUGUGAGCAAAUAUGAUGUGGUAGUUGAUGCAACAGACAAUGCUCCAAGCCGCUACAUGAUUAAUGAUUGCUGCGUUGUGCUUGGGAAGCCUCUUGUAUCUGGAGCUGCUCUAGGACUAGAAGGGCAGCUGACAGUUUACAAUUACAAUGGAGGUCCAUGCUAUCGAUGCCUAUUUCCAACUCCUCCACCCACAAAUGCUUGUCAGAGAUGUGCUGACAGUGGAGUACUGGGAGUUGUUCCAGGUGUUAUUGGAUGUCUUCAAGCCUUAGAGGCCAUAAAGGUUGCUAGCUUGGUUGGAGAACCACUCUCUGGGAGAAUGCUUCUUUUGGAUGCCCUGUCAAGCCGGUUCCGCAAUGUCAAACUUCGUGGAAGGUCAUUGCAGUGCGAAGCUUGUGGAGAUCAUGCAGUAUUGACAAGGCAGACAUUUCCGGAGUUCGACUAUGAAAAGUUUACUCAAACUCCCCUAUCCACGGGUCCAUUGAAGUUGAGCCUUCUUUCAUCGGAUGCUCGAAUCAGCAGCAAAGAGUACAGUGAGAAAGUGACGGAAGGAGAACCACAUGUAUUACUAGAUGUUCGACCAGCUCAUCACUAUAAGAUUGUUUCACUUCCCAACUCUAUGAACAUACCUCUAUCCACGUUGGAAGGCAGAUUGCCUGAAAUAUCUGCUGCCUUGGAAAAAGAGGCAAUGAAAGAGACGCUCGACAGUGGUUCAAGUGCUUCUCUGUUUGUAAUAUGCAGAAGAGGCAAUGAUUCACAAAAGGCUGUUGAAUUGCUUCACAAAUUGGGUUUCACUUCAGCAAAGGAUAUAAUAGGGGGCUUAGAGUCAUGGGCUCACAAUGUGGAUCCAAAGUUCCCUACGUACUGACUAUAUAUACCUACAAAAUUGUCAUCCACUCUUCAGUUAGUUUCUUGCCUAUACUAUGAUGUCUUUAAUCUAAAGCUUAAUUUAUGUUCUUGAUUGAACUCCUAUUAUGUUAUUUUCAUUGUUGUUUAACUUCUUGCUAUCAAAUAUACCUGCAAUGUUGCAUUGUAAUUCUUUGCACGGA